AUGUCCUCAAAAUCUUUACCGAAUUUCGAAGAGUCUAAUAAACCUAACAAUAACAAUAAGCCUAUGAAUUCCACGUCAUCACAUGUUAGUUUUCUAUUAACAUCCAGUGCAGAACAAGAGGUUUGUUGGUGGAAAAUCUGAAAAUUUGUCUGAAAUUUGAUUUUUUUUUUUCAAAAUUUCCAGACAAAAAUAAACAUUCCCAUGAAUAUUCAUUUUCUUCUUCCUUCUUCGAAAUUUUUUUUGUUUUGAUGUUUUUUUAUUGCAAAAACGGAACGUUUUGUGUUUUUCCGGAGAUACAGUAAUCCAGGGUUACUGUAGAUCAGUAAAUUUUUGACAAGAUCAACAGUAAUCUAUUUUUCUCAGGGGUUACUGUAGAAUCCGAAAUGUUUUUCCUUGUGUUUUAAAUCUCAAUAUUUUCCACAGUACCUUUGGAUUGCUGUAGUUUCUUUACUGGAUACUGUAUUUUUGCCAAAAUAUACUAACAUUAAGAAAUUAGAUUUGUGAAAAUGCAAAAAUUAUUAUCAAUUUUUUGAAACAGUGAAAAAUUGAGAAAUUGAAUUUUUUAAAAUUUUUCUACAGUAAUCAUCGAUUCUAGGGGUACUGUAUUUAGCACCAAAAUUUACAUCAAUUAAACUACAGUAAUCUUAAAAUUUUAGGUGACGUUAGUUCAAAUUGUACUCGACACCGUAGCUGAUUUUGAGUAACAUUUCAAGCUUGCAAAAAAAUUUGUGAACUUUUUGAAACAGUGAAAUUGUCUGAUUCACAAAUUCAAAGAUACUGUAGCCUCUGAAAACACUAAUCUAUUUACAGUAAUAUGUUCUACAGUACCCCCUGGAUUACUGUAGCUCAAAAAUAAUAUACGUUUUCAAUGGGUUCUCCCCUUGAAAAGGUAUCAAAUUUCCUCAUUUUUUAUUAGUUCAUAUUUAUUUAUCUGAAAUUUCUUUUUGUCUGACGUAAUAGGGAAAAAAUAAUGAGCUUUGAAAAUUAAUUGGAGCACAUUUUUCUAAUUUUUCAAAACUUUGCCAGAUGCUUGAGAUUUUCCGGAAAAUUUUGAAAAUUUCGAUUUUCAGAUGGAUUAUUUGUCGAUUCAGGAUGAUGAUGGAUCAAUUACGAGCUCGGAUCGAACUUUGGAGCGAGGAUUUUCGAGAUUUGGAAGGAAGAGGUGGGAAUUUUUUGUUGGUUUUUGGGACCCGGAAAAAAUAACAUUUGCAUAAUUUUUGUUGGCGCUGGAAAAUAAAGUAGUGAAGCUUUUUUGAAACAGUGAUUUUUUUAACAAUUUUUUUAAACUUGUUUUCAAGUUAAUAUUCAAGUAUUUUUCUCCCAAAUGUUCAACAAUUUUUGAAACAGUGAUUUUUUUUACUUCGAAUGUUUAAUUGUUAUCAUAUUAUCUGGUUAUUCAAGAAAUUCAAUGUUUUUUUGAAACAGUAAAUUUUUGAAUAAAAAAAAACUGGAGAUUUAUCACUUUUCCUCAGAUCUCAUAAAAAAUUUCAUAAUUUUUUGAAACAGUGAAUUUUUUAACAAAAAAAAAUAUGAAAUUUUUUUCAAAUUCUUAUUUUCCUCCCAAAUUUUCAACAAUUUUUGAAACAGUGAAUUUUUUUAAUUAUCAUCAUUUUAUUUGAUUUUUCAAGAAAUUCAAUAUUUUUUUGAAACAGUAAAUUUUUGAAUGAACUACGCAGCUUUAACACUUUUCCUCAGAUCUCAUAAAACAUUUCAUUAUUUUUUGAAACAGUGAACAUUUUAACAAUUUUUUUUUCAAAUUCCUAUUUUCGGAAUACUAUGGAAAACAGUUCAAGUAUAUUUCUCCCAAAUUUUCCACAAUUUUUGAAACAGUGAUUUUUUUACUUCGAAUGUUUUUAAAUUAAAAUUGUUAUCAUUUUAUAUGGAUAUUUAAGAAAUUCAAGAAUUAUUGAAACAGUAAAUUAUUUUAACAAUUUUUUUAAAUUUGUUUUUUAAGUUAAUAUUCAAGUAUUUUUCUCCCAAAUGUUCAACAAUUUUUGAAACAGUAAAUUUUUGAAAAAAAACUGGAGAUUUAUCACUUUUCCUCAGAUCUCAUAAAACAUUUCAUAAUUUUUUGAAACAGUGAAUUUUUUAACGGAAAAAAAUUAUGACUUUUUUUUUUCAAAUUCUUAUUUUCAGAAUAUUUCGGACUAUGAAAACAGUUUAAUAUUCGAGUAUUUUUCUCCCAAAUUUUGAACAAUUUUUGAAAUAGUGAAUUUUUCUGAAAAAAAUACUUUCGAGCCGUAUCACCUCUCCUAGUUCUCAUUAAACUUCUCAUAUUUUUUUGAAACAGUAAAUUUUUGAAAAAAAAAACUGGAGAUUUAUCACUUUUCCUCAGAUCUCAUAAAAAAUUUCAUAAUUUUUUGAAACAGUGAAUUUUUUAACAAAAAAAUAUGCAAUUUUUUUCAAAUUCCUAUUUUCCUCUCAAAUUUUCAACAAUUCUUUGAAACAGUGAUUUUUUCAAAAUAUUGUUUUCAAUUGUUAUCAUUUUAUCUGGUUAUUCAAGAAAUUCAAUAUUUUUUGAAACAGUAAAUUUUUGAAAAAAAUUCCGAAGCCGUCACUUUUCCUAAAAAAAUUUUUCUUUUUCAUAUAAAUAAAAAAUUAAAUAAAUAAAAAAAAUAUAAAAUAUUUCAUAAUUUUUUGAAACAGUGAUUUUUAAAAUUCGAAUGUUAACUUUUUAUCAUUUUAUCUGGUUAUUCAAGAAAUUCAAUAUUUUUUUGAAACAGUAAAUUUUUGAAAAAAUUCCGAAGUAUCACUUUUCCUAGAUCUCAUAAAACAUUUCAUCAAUUUUUGAAACAGUAAAUUUUUUAACAAUUUUUUAAAUUCGUAUUUUAAGCUAAUAUUCAAGUAUUUUUCUCCCAAAUUUUCAAAAAUUUUUGAAACAGUGAAUUUUCCUCUCAAACUUUUUUUUUCCAAAGAACCCAUCCAAAAUGUAUAGAAUUCCUAAAAAAAAAUUAACUAGGCUUAUUUGAAGUCUAGUUCUAUUUUUUUCGUACCGAAAAAAUCAAAACAAGGAUUUUUCUUGCAAGAAAAAAGGAAUACAUUUUUUGUUCGAAAAAAAGAACAAAAAAUUUUAAUCCCUAUUUUUCGUGGCUGGUUUUGUUGCCAAAAUCAUUUUUGUGGUUUUUUUUUCGCGGCCCGCGGGAAAUUUUAAUUUUAUACAUUUUUGGAUGAUACGGCAAUAUCUUCAACAUUUGAACAGCCCAAGAUAAUUUUAUCAAUUUUUUUUGAAACGUACAUUUUUUGAGUUGAAUUUUCUGGUCGCUUGAAUCACAUUUGGGUUUUCACGUGGAUUUUGUUGCACAAAAACAUAUUUUUUCAAAAGGAAGUACUUUAAACGAAAGAAAACUUCAAGAAAAUACAUUUUUUUAAUUAAAAAAACCUUUUGAGCACCAGUUUUAGUAUAAAACUAUCGAAAAUCAACUAAAUUUGUGUUACUUGUACUAGGAAAAUGGAUAAAUAUGAAUUUUACAACAAGUUUCAUUCAAAUUCAUGAAAAAACAACAAAAAUGAGAAAUGUUUGAAAAACAAAAACAAGAAAAUAAAAGUAAAAAUGGAAGUGCGCCCCAUUGAUAAAAAUUGAAUGCCGCGCACUCUCUCAAAAAUUUGUGUGUGUUUUUUUCGUCGACGCGUCGUUGUUGUUUUAUUUAUUUAUUAUAUUAGACUAAAAGGGUGUGUUCCAAAUCCACGUGGCAUUCUUUCAAAUGUUUAACAUGAGCAAUUCAAUUUUUCACCUCUUCUGACGUAAUUUGUUUUAUUGCAAGCCCCAAAUAAUCCUUUUUGAAGAAAUUGCAACUUUUCUGCAUUCUGCUUCUGAAAAAAAAUGUUUUUUCUAUUUCUUCUUCAUUCUUUAAUUAAGGAGCGCGGGUUUUCUAUAACAAUUUCUAUUUUUUCUGAAAUUCUCUCUUCACGUCUUCUUGUUUGCACGCACUUUUAAAGUAUGCUGUUAUUGUUUUCGGGGGCAAGAUUUUUCCAAAAUUUCGAAUUUUUUCCAGAUCUUCUGUUCGAAUGUUCUACGAUGAGACGAAUUUUGCGGACAGAAAAGCGGUUAGUUGAUUUUGAGGGGUGGGAUUUUUACUCUACAUUAUAGUUGGACAUGAGUGGUUUUUCAAAUGGUUUGAGCGAAACCAGUUUGAUUGGUUCGCUCACUCAUUUGGUUUUCGGAUCGCUCAUUUGAAAUGGUUCGCUCACUCAUUUGGUUUUGGUUCGCUCAUUUGAAAUGGUUUCGGUUUGGUUUUGGUUUUUGGUUCGCUCACUCAUUUGAAAACCGGUUUUCGCUCAAAUGUCAACUGGUUUUGGGGUAUUAGGUAUUGAUGAAUUUCGAGGUUUUCGGCUAUGGAGAUUCACGUGAUGGACUUAUUUUCACGUAUAAUCACUCUUAAAGGCACACACCAAGCAAAAAAAAAUUUUUUUCGGAAAAUGGGGUAUUUGGGCACGUGAAAAUACGCAUUUUUGCUAAAAUUUGCGUUCAAAAAUUGAUAUUUCCGAGAAAAAAACGUAUUUUUCACUCCUUAGGAGCAAUAUUUGAACUUCGGUCCAAUGAGAAAAAAUUUAGCUGACGACGAGCACGUCAAAAUGGCUGUCGAAAUUUUGAAAAAGCUCAAAAGAUGGCAGAGUUAUGAUCGUUUUAGUUUUUGUGUCUCGAAAAUGUAUAAUAACCUGGCAUGUGUCUUUAAAAGUCUGUUUUGGAGCGUAUACCUCACCAAAAUUUUCCCCGAGCCCAAAUACCCCAUUUUUCGAAAAAAAAAUUUUUGCUUGGUGUGUGCCUUUAAGAGUGAUUAUACGUGAAAAUAAGUCCAUCACGUGAAUCUCCAUAGCCGAAAACCUCGAAAUUCAUCAAUACCUAAUACCCCAAAACCAGUUGACAUUUGAGCGAAAACCGGUUUUCAAAUGAGUGAGCGAACCAAAACCAAACCAAACCAUUUCAAAUGGGCGAACCGAAAACCAAAUGAGUGAGCGAACCAAAAAAACUGGUUUCGCUCGGUUUUUUUCGAACCAUGUCCAACUAUACUCUACAUCUUGGUUUCUCUUUUUAAAAAAUUCACUGUUUCAAGUUUUAUACAAAAAAUUUUCUGUAAUGUUUUAAUUUGAUUCGUUUGCAUUUUGUAGGUGAAUUAAUAUGAGCAAUGAUUUUUCUUCGAAAAUUACAGAAAAUCUACAGUACUCUUAAAGGCGCAUGGCUAGAAAAAUUCAGAAGAAAAUUAAAAAAAAAUUCACUGUUUCAAAAUUUCCGUAUAUUUUUUUGGUGAAAAGUAAGGCCUGAUGUAUUUUUUAAAUAGAUUUAUUUUUUGGAAUAAACAUGAGCAAUUAUGAUAUGUGAGAUUUUGAAGGUUUAAUAUGAGCAAUGAUUUUCAAAGUUCAAAUCUUGAAGCGAAUUACCUACAGUACCUUAAAGAAGCAUGACUAGAACAUUUAAAAAUUUCAAUCCAAAAAUUAUCCCAAAAAAUCACUGUUUCAAAAAAUUUGUAUAAUUUUUCUGGUUAUUUUUUAAUUUGAUGUAGAUGAGCGUGUAUCUGGAUUAAAAUGAGCAAUGAUUUUUCUUCGAAAAUGCCAGAAAAUCUACUGUAUUCUUAAAGGCGCAUGGCUAGAAAAAUUCAGAAGAAAAUUAAAAAAAAUUCACUGUUUCAAGUUUUUUGCAAAUUUUUUUCUGUACAUAAUAUUCUAAUUUGAUUUGUUUUUGCAAUUUGUAUGCGGAUUAAUAUGAGCAAUGAUUUUCAAAGUUCAAAUCUUAAAGCGAAUUAUCUACAGUACCUCUUUAAAGUAGCAUAACUAGAACAAAUUGAAAUUUUCAAUCCAAAAAAUCACUGUUUCAAAAAUUUUGUAUAAUUUUUCUGGUUAUUUUUUAAUUUCAAUUGGUAACACGUAUUUUACAGUACUCCAGAAAAAAGUUUAGUAGACCACAAAUUAAAAGUUUGACAUGAGCAAUGCAAUUUUUUCUUGUUAGCUGUUCUCAUCAAAAUAAAAUGAAUUGAUCAAAUGAAAUGUUGUGUAACAAUGAAAAAGACACAAUUUCCCCUCAAUUUUUUUCGUGUUUUUUUUCAAGAAAACUUUUUUUUCUUUUUAGUUUUUCUUUUUUUUUGCUAAAAAAAUGAAAAUAAAAAUGAAAGUACCUCUGAAAAUUUGUAUUCUUUUCUUGAAAACUUUCUCCAAGAAAACAUUGUUGUUAUUUCCUUUUCGGAAAUGUUCAAUCAACCGAAAAGGAUUUUUUUUCGAAAAAUUUCGGGGAUAAAAAAAAAGUUUUCCUCUCCUCCCAAUUUCCUCCGAUUUGAGAGUUUUCUUUUUUAUUUUCGCCCAUUUUUAUUUUCAAGAAAAAUAAGUGUGUACUUAUGAUUUUCUGUGUUGAUGGAAUUUUUUUUCGCCGGAAAAAUUGAGAUUUUUGAAGAUAUUUUUGGAUGGAACCGAGUUUGGUGGCUUUUUUCAAGCCUUCCGAGAUGGCUAAUCAUUCACAGAGGAGAGAGGUUGGUUUGUCUGAUUUUGGCCAAAAAUUUUGGGAUAAUUUCUAAAGUAUUGCUCAUGUUACACCAAUUUAAAAAGAGGUACUGUGGAUAUUCUCGAGUUAACCGCAUGCAACAACCAAAAGCAUAAAAAAGUAUGGAAAAUUUUGAAUUUUUAAAAAUUUUAUUUAAAAAUUUGCAACCAUAUCAAAUUGAGUUUUAUCGAAAAAUGUAUAUAAAAAUUUUGAAACAGUGAAAUUUUUUAAAAAUUGAUUUUUUGAGUCCUAAAUUAUUUUCGCACAAAUCAUGUCUAGUAGUGCUAGAAAAAUACUAUUAAAAAAUUUUGAAACAGUGAUUUGAUUUUUGAAUUUUUUUAUUUUUUGCCCAAAUUUGCACCCAUACAUAUCAAAUUGAGUUUCAUCGAAAAAUGUACAUGAAAAAUUUGAAACAGUGAAAUUUUUAAAAAUUGUUUUUUUGAGUUCUAGGUUUAUUUUUUGCACAAAUUAUGUCUAGAAAAAUUAUAAAAAUGUUUUGAAACAGUAAAAAAAUUGGCGUGAAUUUUCCAGUUAUUGUAGCGUUUAAUCAUUUCAAAUUCCACCGAAAUCUAAAUUUUGAUAUAAAAAUUUUUUAUAUCACAAUUUUGAAACAGUGACUUAAUUUUUUGGAAAUUUUUGUUUUUUGCCCAAAUUUGCACCCAUAUCAAAUUGAGUUUCAUCUAAAAAUGUAUAUAAACAUUUUGUAACAAUGAAAUUUUUAAAAAUUGAUUUUUUGAGUUCUCAAGUUCUAUCAAUCAUGUCCAGUCGUGUUGGAAAAAUUAUAAAAUAUUUUGAAACAGUGGAAAAUUGUUUUAAAUUUUUCAAUUAUAGUGGCUUAUCAUCAUUUAAAACUUCACCGAAAAUAUUAUAUAAAAAAUUUGAAACAGUGAAUUUUUAAAAAAUUAAUUUUUUGAGUUCUCAGUUUUCUGCCCCAUUAAUGUCCAGUCGUGCUAGAAAAAUACUAUUAAAAUAUUUUGAAACAGUAAAAAAAUUGCUAUGAAUUUUUCAAUUAUUUCAGAGUUUAAUCAUUUCAAAUUCCACCGAAAACAUUAUAUAAAAAUUUUGAAACAGUGAAUUUUUGAACAAAAAUUCUGACUUUUUUCCAAUUUAAUUUAUUUCCUUAUGUUAUUUAUAUUAAUAUUUUAUACGCAACAUGAGUUAUUAUAUUUCAUUUAGUGUCACUUUUCGCCUUCUCGCAACUUUUUCUCCUAUUUUUUUCUCAUAGUUUUCCCGAUCCUAGAAAAAUUCGUGCUCGAUUUUUGAAUUCCGGAAACGUUUAGAGUAGUUUGUUUGUUAGUCCAACAACACUUUUUUUCUAAAAAAAAAUAGAAAAAAAAAGAAAAUCUUGAAAUUAGAAGAAGACUUUUCUAAUUGAAAUCCGGAGAAAUUUGAUAGUUUUUUUUGAAAUUUUAUUUUGGGAUGUUUCUGAAUUUGAGGCGAGCUUAGAACGUUGCUGGCGCAUUUCUAGUAGCUUAGAAGUUUGCUGGCGUAUUUCUAGUAGCUUAAAACUUUGCUGACCCGUUUUUUGUAGACCCACAAAAUCCUCAUCCAUCCAAAUUUCCAUAUUUUUUGCUCCGACCAAAAAAAAUGCUCAGAAGAAGAAAAACCAAAUUACCGCAAAUAUAAUUCAAUAAAAAUCAUAUUCAUAUUUUUUUUCUUGAGAAAAACAACAACAACCGAGAUUUUCAGCAAAAAAUCUGAAAAUUUUUCAAUUUUCCAUAUGGGCGGAUCUAAUUUCGUUCAAGAGGCCACUUUUGUGAAGAAUAGGAGGGGCUCAAUUUAUUUUGGCAAUUUUUCUUUCAAAAAUUGAGAAUUUUUCGAGAAAAAUGAACGUUUCUUUGUUUAUUUUCGAAGAAAAACGUGUUUUUGUUUAUUUUUUGAGGGAAAAUAAUUUGGAAUGGCCUAGAAAUCCAAAUUGUUUGUUUUUGGUGGCCUAGGAACCCAAAUGUCUUUGAAAUUCAGAAUCCACCUUCACCUAUGUUAGAACAAAUUGAAUUUCUUUCCAAGCCCAACCAAUUUUCUCCAAACAAAAAAAAAGAAAAAGAUAAUAGGUCGUUUACUUUGAACAAGUGGAUUUUUCCUUUCCCUAUAAAUAUACAUUUUAUUGCAUUUUUGAACUUUUUCUUGGCGAAAUCCCAGCAAUGGGAAAAUUUGCUGUUUCAUCGAUGAUAAAUGGAAAAUUUUGAGAUAGAGGCGCGUGCGGUUCCAUGGUGUAGCGGUUAGCACUCAGGACUUUGAAUCCUGCGACCCGAGUUCAAAUCUCGGUGGAACCUAUUCGCUUUUUUCUCUUUUUUUUUUGAUUUCUACUAGAAUAGCAAUAAUUGCUCUGUUAUUUCCCCUAACUCGUUUAUUUCUCCGAGUAUUUUUUGCUAUUAAUGUUCCUGGUUUUCUUAUAGAGUUAUAUAUAGAUAUGGCUGCAGAUAUACAUCCGAAAAAAUUGCUUCUUAAAACCAAGGUUUGUUUGUGUUUGGAGCAUUUUUAUGGGCUCAUUUAGCACCCUUUUAGGGACCCUUUUUAGGGGAUGGAAAAUGGGCAAAAAAUGAAUGACAUUUUAAGCCGGAAUUAGUUGUGGUUUGGUGAAAAACCAAAAAAACGCGCCGAUUUUUUGCGCCCCCAAAAAUGAGAGGCUCUUUGUUACGCCGUGCAAAUGUCAACGAAACUUCGCUGGUGAGUAAGAAUUUUGGGGAAUUCUUUUUUCGAUAUCAAAAAUCUUCGUUGGAAUAUGUUUUGCUCAUCUUUUUGCCGGAGAAAAUCGUGAAAUUCGAUAUUUUUUGGGAGGAAAAUCGGAGCGGAAAAAUGUGCAUUUAGUAGUUUUUUUGUGAUGUUUGUGCACUUUUAGAAAGUUUUUUUUCUUAGAAAAAAUAAUUUGAAAAUCUGUGGGUUACUGUAGAAGUCCGGGUUACUGUGGAAUUGAAUUUGAAAAAAAUACGUUUCAAAAUUUUCAUAAUUUUUGCUGGAUUUUUUUUCGAUGUUAAAUAAACGUUGAAUUAAUCUCUGGAUUACUGUUCUUUUUACAGUAACUCUAGGGGUACUGUAAAAAUUCAGAUUUUUGAUCAAAAAAAUAAAAUCAAAAGGAAAACGUAAAAUGUUCAAAUAUUUCUCCCAGAUCCCUUUUAUCUAUCAUUUUUUUUUCGAAAAAAGUGUAAAGUUGUCAAAAUAUCAAAUCAUUUCUUCACAUUUGAGACUGAGACUCAAAAAUUUGUGGCUCAAAAUAUAUUCUUUUUUUUUCUGAUAUUUUUCCGUAGUAGCCUAAGCCUAAGCCUAAGAGAAAACAAAAAAAAAACGAACCUAACAAGCUUUAGCUAAAAUAAAAAAUCCAAUUUUCACCCGCCUUUUUCUCUUAAGUUUUUUGUUCGAAAAUUUUUUUAUAUACAUAUUUUGUGAGGAAUUACAGAUGAAUGAAUUUCGGGAGAGAAAAAGUUGAAAAAGAAAAUUAGGUUUUUUUCUGGGAGAAAAGAAAGAGCUCAUUAACAUUGUUCUUGAAAUAGCCUUUUUUGAAGAAUUUGAAAAUUGAAUUUUACCGCUAAAAAUUCACUGUUUCAAACUUUUUGUUCAGAAAAUUGGUGAAAAAAACUAAAAAAAGUUCACUGUUUCAAAAUUAUUUGAUAAAUUUUGAAAUUUUUAGAAAUUCAAUAGACGCAUUACCAAAAAAAUGGAAAAAUCCAAAUUCAUCAUAUUUUUUUCUCAAAAAAAAAAAAAAAACAAAACUACAUAGUAAUCCUUCCUGUUGUUUGCAACAUCAUCAUUACUUUUUCCUAAAACAAAAUUUUUUUGUCGAAAAAAUUCUUCUUGCUUUUUCUAGUCUAGCAGCAAUUUCUUCUCUUUUUCACCCUUUUUCAUUCAUUUAUUCUUCCUUUUCUUUUUUUUUUGCUUUUUUUGAGAAAAGAAAAAAAAAACCUUCAAGAUUUAUUCGACUCACUUCAUUUCACUUUUUUUCGAUUUAAAUUUUUCAGCGCCGUCGUUUUUUCUGCUUUUGCUGAAAUGAAAUGAAGAAGCUUUUUAAUUGGCAACAUUUUUCUUUCUCUUGGGUUUUGUGAAAUUAAACUAGAGAAAAAUCUAUUUUUAGUUUUGGUUGCAAAAUUUCGAGAAUCCACGUGGAUUUUAUUGAAAUUUUAGGUUGAAAGAAAGUCACGUGGCAUUUUUUCAGAUCAGAAAAAUUUGACUUUUUCUGAAAAUCUAAUAAUAAUUUCAAAUGAAAUUUUGAAUUUUUGAAUUUUAAUUUUUGCGCGAAAUUUUUGAGAUUUUUUUUAACCCUAUCACACACUUACCAAUUCAGAAUAUAGUUUUUCUUAUUUUUACAAGAAAUUUGAAACAGUGAAUUUUUUUUCUGAAACAAUUUCGACCUAAGUCAAUUUGUGACUAUUUUCUGAAUCUUCCAGAAUUUCACAAAUCUCAAAAAAGUCCCUUUUGCCACGUCAUAACUAACAUCAUUUUGCUCCAGUUCUGAAAAGCCUUUUCUGGAAUAAUUAUCCCCCGGGGUGUUAUUUAAAAUGACACAAAGUUACUGAAAAAAAUGAAGAACAAUGCUGAAAUUAGUCCCAAAAGUCCCGGAAAAAAUCCACUGUUUCAAAAUUUUUGGAAAAAUGAAGGCGAAUUUGUUGAGUGAUUUAGAAAAAGAUUUAGAAAAAAACUUUUCAAUUUUAAAAUUCACUGUUUCAAAAAUUCUUCAACAAUUAUAAACUUCAUUCAAAAACCGAUAUUUCUUUUUUCAAUUUCACGCUAAAAAUCCACGUGUCAUAAUUUUGGCGCCAACAAAAAAUGAAGUUUUCGCUCCCCCAGUAAUUCGAUCUCUGUUUUCACAAUUUUUUUCGGUCUUUGCGACCAAAAAAGAAGUGUCAAAUUCAGAUAUUUUUGAGGUGUGCGAAAAUUUUUUGUUGUGUUGUGUCAGCCCUGAAAUUUGAGUAAAAAUUCCAAUUUUUCCCAGAAUCCCUAAACUUCUCAUUUUAUUUUUGCAGUCUUGGAUGGACACAGAACAUCGGGUGAUAUUAAAUGUCGGUGGAAUUCGUCACGAGACCUACACACAUGUUCUCAAAAAAAUCCCGGCCACCAGAUUGUCGCGACUCACACCAAAUUUGGCCAAUUACGAUCCGGUGCUGAAUGAGUAUUUUUUCGAUCGACAUCCUGGAGUCUUUUCGAUGAUUUUGAAUUAUUAUCGCACAGGUUGGCCGGAAUUUUUCGGGGUUUUGGGGGUUUUGGCGGGAAAAUAUUUUUGAUCAUUUUUUUAUUUACAAGAAGUUUACUUGAGAUUUUCAUAUGAUUUUUUCGAAACAGUGAAAAAUUACAACUUUUUUUGAAAUAGGAAUGUUGAUUUAUUCACUCGUCCAAAUUUUUCAAUAAUAUAGUUUUUUAAAGGAAAUUUUAUUAAAAUAAUUUGAAACAGUGAAAUUUUUUCUUCAUAAUUGACAGAUUCAUUAUCAAAUUUUUCGAACAUGCAUUAAAAAAAAAAUUUCGAAACAGUGAAUUUUUUGAACAAUUUUUUUGAAAGCUUCUUUUUUUCCUGCCAAAUUUUUUCGCAGUUUUGAAAUUUCCCGCCUUUUUCCAAUAAAUACCUGGCCUCUAUUGAAUUAAAAAAAACAAGGAAAACUUGAAAAUUCUCUGAAACAGUGAAAUUUCCCACCCAAAAAAAUAUCACAAAUUUCAUUUCCAGGCAAACUGCACUACCCAACCAACGUAUGCGGUCCACUUUUCGAAGAAGAGCUCGAAUUCUGGGGUCUCGACGCGAAUCAAGUCGAACCGUGCUGCUGGAUGACAUACACCCAACAUCGUGACACUCAAGACACUCUAGCUGUAAUUGAAAGCCUGGAUCUAGACGGAGAUCCACCGACACAAGAGGAAAUUGCCAAAAAAUUCGGGUGGGAAGAUGAUUAUUAUUCGGGGAAUUUGAAUCGUUGGCAGCGAUUGAAACCGAGGAUUUGGGCACUUUUUGAUGAACCUUGGAGCAGUAAAUAUGCUAGGGUAAGUGAUUUGUGUGCUUUUGAGCUUAGGGUGCAUGAAGUUGAGUUAAUUUAAUGCUUUUCCUGUCUCUAACCCUUAGGGUCUUGGUAUUUAACCUUAACGCUUUUAUUGUCCUAACAGAAAUGUAUCUUUAUGUGCUUACCUUAACAUGAUUUGAGGACCUUAAGGACCCUAAAUUUUUUUUAUAAAUUUCAGGUCUCUGACUAACUAACCCGUAUGAUUUGAAAAUUUGAUUAUAAUUUGCACGAUGUUUAGUUUCUUAACAAUUUUUUAAAGUUCUUAACAAGCAUGGUAAAAUCUUAACUAAUCAAACCGUAAAGCAUCUUAUUUUUUGCUUGAAAAUUUCUGAAAUUUCUGAAACUACUUAACCUUAGCCUAUCCUUAAGUUAACCUUAACUUAUCUCUAACUUGGUUUCUUAGUGUGCUCCCUAAUUUGCCUGCUCCUCUCCAAUCCCAGGCUCUCCUCAACCUUAACCUUAACCUUAAUCGGUUAAGCCAAUCGCAUGCCCUUUCAGCCUCUAAAAAAACCCUAACGCUUUUUUCUGUGCCUUUUUUGUUUGUGUCGAGAACCCUGAAUUCAGAUCAUAUCAUCGCUAUCCGUCUCAUUUAUCCUCGCCUCAACUUGCUCAUUCAUUCUCAAAACCGACCCAGAUUUUCAAGUUCCAUGUAUCGAAGUGAAGAUCAAAGAAGUGAUUAUCGAUGCUUCUUAUAAAUCAUUUGAACAAUGGCAUGAUGCAUUGAAACCGAGAACAGAAAAACAUCCCUAUUUUUGGUACGUCGAUUGGAUUUGUAAUAUUUGGUUUAUUAUUGAGUUGGUGGGUUUUUUUUGCCAAGUUUAAGAUGAGCAAUUGGUAGUUUGUUGCAGGCAAUUCGCUCAAUCUUCUGUCCCUCAUUCCACAAAUUCAUUCGCUCUCCGCUGACAAUCAUCGAUAUUUUAUCGAUUUGCUCAUUCCUGGUCGAAUCCACCGCCAGAAAUUCGAUCGGCGAAGAGACUUUCAUCAAUCUCGACUUCCUCUCAAUGAUCUGUGUUCUUCGUCUAUUUAAACUAACUCAACACUUUUCGGGCCUCAAAAUUCUGAUACAAACUUUCAAAGCGUCGGCGCAGGAACUGUUUUUGCUCGUAUUUUUUGUGGUUUUGGCAAUUGUCAUUUUUGCCGCACUGGUUUAUUAUGCGGAAAGAAGUCAAUCGAACAAGGAUAAUCAAUUCACAAGUAUUCCAUUGGGUUUGUGGUGGAGUUUGGUGACGAUUUCGACUGUCGGAUUUGGUGAUAUGGUGGGUUUUUGGGAUUUUUUGAACCUAAAUUUGUGAAGUUUGAAAAUUCAGCUGCUGAAAAUUGAAAAUUUCACAAAAAAAAUUUUGCAGGUUCCAAAAACGUACCUAGGAAUGUUGGUGGGCUCACUUUGUGCUCUGAUGGGUGUUUUGACAAUUGCUCUGCCAGUUCCUGUAAUUGUCUCGAAUUUUUCGAAUUUAUAUUCACAUUCACAAGCUCGAUCUAAAUUGCCGAAAAAACGACGAAGAGUUUUACAGGUUUGUUUUUUCUCUGAUGUAAAAUUCCCAAAAAUUUUACGUUUCAAAAAUUACAGAAAAAUAAUUUGAAAUGUCCCGAUAUCAGUACAUUUAUAGUCUCCAAGGUCCAAACAAAAAUCAAAAUUCCAGGCUCACGAAAUCAAGCCAGCGAUGCUUGGCGUCAAACCACAUCACGGAAAACAUCGCAAAAAAUCGUCAUCGGCCACCCAAAACACACCAAAUCUCCACCACAGUCAUAAUCAUAAUGGCGGAGCCGUCGAGCACAAAUUGAUGGCCUAGAAAAUCUCUACAUUUUUGUCCAAUUUUUGAAACGGGUCUAUAUUAUAUAAAAAUUUAUUGAUUUUUUUCGGGAUUUUUUCCAGUUUUGCAUGCGUUUUUCAAUGUUCUAACAACAUUUUCGGCUUUGAUUUUUUCGACAUUUUUUGUCCGUUUUUGAGAGUUGUCCAUUUGUCCCGAGUUGUUCAGCAAGAGAGUUUUGAAAAUUUUGUGCCAAAUUUGAAUUUGCAGGUGAUUUCGGUGGUCAACAUCAUUUUCGUCAUCAUUUCGAUUGUUUCGUUUUGUUUGAAAACGCAUCCGAAUUUUCGAAUUCCGGAAUUGCAAAUGGAUUCGAAUUCGUCGACAGGAGCGUAUAGUGCUAUUGUGAAGAUGGGAACGCAGUGAGUUUUUUUAAAUCUAUUUUUUCGCGCCAAAAAUUCACGUGGAAUUUUUCAAAAUCUUCAACAUUUGAUACCAAAAGUUUAAGAAUCAUCCGGAAAAUUGAUAUACUUUUUGAAACAGUGAAUUUUUUGCAAUUUCGAAAUAUUUUCCACACCUUUUUGGGCCCAAAAAUUGAAUUUUUUUUUGAAGACUUUGUACUAGGAACACACGCAGGCAGGAAACCCUUCGCCACGAGUUUCCUGUCUGUUUUGGGUACUUUUUUGACAGGAACCUGUGUGUUUUACUGAAAACCCGCGGGUUGCUUGCAAGGUUCUCGCAGGUUUUCAGCUUCGCCAGGUUUCUCGUCUGUUUACAAAUGUGUGUGGAAUAUCGUUUUUUUCACGCUCCAACUUCUUUUUCACAAUUUUUUGAAACAGUGGAUUUUUUUUGGAAAUUUGAAUUUUCAUAUUCGGGGCUAGAAAUGAGCCAAUCUUUUGGUUGGAAAUAUUACUGUUUCAAAAAACAUAGGAAGCUAAAAGUUGGGUUUUCAGAGCCCUAAAUUUGAAAAAAAUAAUGAAAAAUUCGAAAUAUUCAAAUUUUAGAGCUAAAAAACUUCACUGUUUCAAAAAUAGAAUUUUCAAAAAUAUUAUUUCUGGAUUUUUAGUCUAGCUUUCUAUGGUUUUCAGUAAAAUGUGCCUUUUCCAGACCUCACCCCUCAUUUUUCUUCGUCGAACUAAUCUCCAACAUCUGGUUCACCGGCGAAUUUCUAACUCGUAUGAUUUUCUGCCCAAAUGUCUUGGAUUUCCUAACAACUCCAGUGAAUGUAAUCGACACAAUUGCGACAAGUUCUUUCUACAUCGAAACAUUGACCGAUAUGUAUAUGCGACAUCAUAUGGGUUCCAUUGAAUUCUUUUUCGAUUAUCCGUAUUUUGAGGCUUUUCAAAUUGACGCAACAUUCCACCGGGUUGAAGAUUUUGAUACAAACUUUUAAGGUGAAUUUUUAAAAGAAAUUCAGACAUUUUUAAUAUUUUUACUGAAGGCAUCAGCUCAAGAGCUCUUCCUCCUUGUAUUUUUCGUCGUUCUGGGUAUCGUCAUAUUCGCAGCUCUGGUUUAUUAUGCAGAAAGAGUUGAGUCAAAUGUCAACAAUCAAUUUACAUCAAUUCCAACUGGUUUAUGGUGGGCUGUGAUUACAAUUUGUACAAUUGGUUUUGGUGAUUUGGUACCGCAAACAUCGCUGGGAAGAUUGGUGGGAUCAGUUUGUGCGCUGAUGGGUGUUUUGACAAUUGCACUACCGGUUCCUGUUAUUGUUUCGAAUUUUGCAAUGUUUUAUUCACACGCACAAGCCAGGUAUGUUUUAGAGGAGUUUCAAAAAUUCACUGUUUCAAGGAAAAAUUUUCAUAUAAAAAAAUACCGUUCGUGGAAUGAACAAUCACAGAAUCAAAUAUGUUUGGAAAUUUUUGAAACCUAUAUUUUUCAGGAAUUUUAGACGUAUAAAAUUUCACUGUUUCAAGGGUUUUUGAAUUUUUAAAAUGUUAUUUUUGAUCAAUUUACUUGAGAUUCAACCAAAUAAAUUUAUUCACAAUUUUUUUCACUGUUUCAGAAAAUAUAGAAAUUUUUUUUUCAUAAAUUUCGGAAUUAGAAAAAUUUUCGUGUUUUUCAUAAAUCUAAUUAGAAAACCAAUUUCCAGAUCAAAACUCCCCAAAAAACGUCGACGAGUCCUUCAACCUCACGAAAUUCAAAAAGCCCCUUCAGUCGUUGGUCGAAACACAACAGCCACUCUUCUCAGCUCCCUAGCCCCAAAGCGCCCACCAAUUUUGGCGCAAAAUACACCAAAUUGCGGAGGAGGAUCAAAUCCGAUUGAUGGAAUUGGAAUUCCGUUUGCUGAUCAGCAAAAUAUGAAGAAAAAUCAUCGGAAUAUUCAUCAGAGAUUGAAUAACAAUAAUAAUUUGGCGAAAAAUGGUGGAGGCGGAGCCAAUAAAUUGAUAUAA